CUGUGUAAACUCGGGGAAACUGAUUUUUUCCAAAAGUGGCUGGUGCUGAUUUGGUGCUCGGGCUAACGUUACGUUACAAGUGUGGCCUAGAUAGUUUUUCCAGUUUAGUCGAUUUUUUGGGUAGAUUUAGCUCACUUAACGCUUAACGUUAUCUGCUGUGACAGCGGGGGGAAGACUCACCUCUCUCGACGUGGACGUGGUCAGUUGGCGUGUCCCGACUUGGAGUGACGGCUGUGCGGUCCUAUGAUUCCUCCUUUUAAAACAAAAACUAUAUCGCUGUAACUUUAGUAUAUAUAUUGUGACCUGUUUACACACAUUCGUCGGAGGCUGAAGACGACCGGGGUUUCAAGAUGUCUGUAGCGGGCUUGAAGAAACAGUUUUAUAAAGCCAGUCAGAUGGUAAGCGAGAAAGUUGGAGGUGCCGAAGGAACUAAACUAGAUGAUGACUUCAGAGACUUGGAACGGAAAGUAGAUGUGACCAGUAAAGCAGUAGUGGAGGUAAUCUCCAAAACAUCAGAGUACCUCCAGCCCAACCCAGCGUCACGGGCCAAACUGUCCAUGUUGAACACCAUGUCUAAGAUCCGUGGUCAGGUGAAGAAUCCAGGCUACCCUCAGGCUGAGGGGUUGCUAGGGGAAUGUAUGGGCAAGUAUGGACGGGAACUCGGAGAAGACACUAAUUUCGGCGGAGCACUAGUAGAUGUUGGCGAGGCCAUGAGGAGAUUGGCAGAAGUCAAAGACUCUCUAGAUAUCGAUGUCAAGCAGAACUUCAUUGAUCCACUGCAAGGGCUCUGUGACAAGGACCUCAGAGAGAUACAGCACCACCUGAAGAAGCUUGAAGGCCGUCGCCUGGACUACGAUUACAAGAAAAAGCGUCAGGGUAAGAUCCCAGAUGAGGAGGUCCGACAGGCCCUGGAGAAGUUUCACGAGUCAAAGGAAGUGGCAGAGACGAGCAUGUACAACCUGCUGGAGACUGAUAUUGAGCAGGUGAGCCAGCUCUCAUCUCUGGUGGAGUCCCAGCUGCAGUACCACAAACAGGCGGUGCAGGUGCUGGAGGAGCUUUCUGACAAACUCAGAGACAGGAUGAACGAUGCUCAGAGUCGACCAAGACGUGAAUACACACCUAAACCCAAACCUAUCUUUGAUUUCUCGGACGACAACCAUUCAAAUGGCGGCUACUCAACCUCAAUGGCCAUGCCACCUUCACGCAAUUCAGCCCCGGAGCAGCCGAGCUGUAAGGCGCUGUACGACUUUGAGCCUGAGAACGAGGGGGAGCUGGGCUUCCGCGAGGGCGAUGUCAUCACCCUGACCAAUCAGAUCGACGAGAACUGGUACGAGGGAAUGCUGAACGGCCAGUCGGGAUUCUUCCCUCUCAACUAUGUUGAGGUCCUUGUUCCGUUGCCACACUAAUAUAAAGAUAGCGAGAGAGCCGAGGAGGAGCAGGAGCAGGAGGAGGAGAGGGCAAGUAGAAUUAGUAGAAAAGGAGGGAAGUGAAGCCAAGGGAUGGUCGCGCAGAAUAUUCAUGUUCACCUUCAGCUCCAGCUUCACCAUCACAGAUGAGCACUUUUUUGUCAUCUGGAGUUCUGGAGAAGAUGGUCACAUUUCAAAGUCCAGACCAGAAUAUCAACCUGUUCCACCCAAAGGUAAAAGGAGCCAAGACGGACACAAAAUGUCAUUACUCGGUAUCUGGAAAACAUUUUCUUGAGAACUAACUAAUGACAAAUUUAUGAGCAAUAUUUUUUUCUUUAACCACAAAUUACUGAUAUAGUAAAGACAAUUCGUAUUAAAUCUGGUGAUUAUGAUGACCGGGUGCGACGCAUUCAUAUCAUUCUUUUUUGUGUGACUUGCAGUCUAUUUUAAAACUCAGGUUGGUUACCAACUAAACAGUCAGUUUUCAGACUGAAGAGGCCAACUCAAACCUCACAGUAAGUGUCAUGUGUAAAUGACUGAAUAUUAUUCUCUUUUCAAAACCGAAAUCCUCCUUUGUGUCAGCUUCAAGGGCCGGCGCUCGUCUCUUUGUGCCACCUGCUGGCGAGACUGAGAAAUGGUUUUACCUAAAAAUAAAAUAAAAUACACGUCUAGAAAAUGUAGUUUUCACUAGUUGUAUCUAAAAAAAAAAAAGAAAAUAUAGUGUGUUUUUAAUGAGAAUCAUGAGCCGAUUUGUCUCAGAUCUGUGAUUUAGACUGUUUCCAGGUAUUGGCCUAUUUGUAACGCUCUUUUUUAAAGAUCUACGUCGAAGCUGCACACUGGUGAUGGCUCCAGGAGACAACAGGCCUGACACAGUGGUUUCCUUAUAUUGUUUCAGUAUUUGAUUUAUGUUAGUCUCAACCUACUGCAAUAGUUGAGUUGAAUUCUUAGUUUAGAAGUGCUUACUGAAUAUGUGAGAAAAUGUUGGAUUUGCACCUUGGUCCUCAAAUGAGAUUGACGUGUGUGUGUGUGUGUGUGUGUGAGACAGACUUAACUCCAUCAUUACACACAGACCCCAAAGUUAAAUGCAGACGUUGCACCUUUUGUGUCAUUUGCGGCAGGCGUGUGUUUGUUGUGUAGAGAUACAGAACGAUGAGUUGUUUAGUGGUUGUCUGCUAGUCUGUUCGAUAGAGGAGACAGAGCCAAAAAGUUUAUAAAAUGCAAUAGAAACAUAUCGCUCGCUUGUUAAAGUGCUAACUAUUCUGUAACACAGCCAUAUAUUCAUUUAGUUUCGGGCCUGUUUGUCUUAGCAUGUUAAGCCUUCUCCCUUAAGUUGGUCGUUUUUUGACCCCCCGUUUUUGGCGUCUGUUAACUCCAUGCAGUGCCUGUGUAGAUGACGCUGCUGGCAGCGACUCGGUCUUUCAUAUUCAUCACUAACUGUUCCCACUAUUUCAGUCUACCCUCCUGUCUUUGAGAAUGUGAACCUCGUGUGCUUUGAAACUUAUUCUGACCUUGUGAUUCUGAUGAUUCACAACGACCGAUUCGAUUUAUUUGUUAGUACAUUUGGGCUGAUAUAGAAGGUGUCCCUGUUUGGUUGAUCUGUUUAGACAAGGCUGGUUUCUUGUUCAGGAUUUAGCCACAGUCCACACCUGUGGAUGGAGUCUUAUCCAACAUACACUGUACAGUAUGAGGGAAAGACUUGGAGUGAAAGGGAAAACAUCAAGGGAAAAAAA